AUGGACUUUUGGACAGCCCGCCUGCAGCGAGUGAUCCGGCAGAAAGCCAGGCAGAGGUCCUACACCAUCUACCGCAACACGGCCGAGGACGAUGGGGACCGUGACCCCGGGGGGCUUCAGAUCAAGAUGGAGGAAGCCGAGGGUCCCGACGGCCCAGCGUCCGGCAGGCAGAAGGAGGGGUCCCCCCCUCCCGGGCCAAAACGGUGGAAGAUGGGGGUGUACCUGGCUUUGGUGGGCCUUCUCCUGCUGAUAGUAGGGUUCCUCCUGGGGUACGUCUCUUCCCGGAGGGGGGGCUCCUGCGCGGCCUGUGCGGACUUCCUGCCCAUGGUCAACGAGGACGGCCCCUACCGCCCGGCCCAGGACCCCCGGGGGCCGCCCCCCCUGUACUGGAGCGACCUGAGGGAGAUGUUCCAGAAGUAUCUCAACGAGGAGAAGAUCGAGGGGACCAUCCGAAAAAUGAGUGAGGGUCCCCACCCUCCCGGCUCCCCUGCCCUGGACGCCCUCUCCAGCCACGUCCUGGAGGCCUUCACCUCCUUUGGCCUGGACCACAGCUGGACCGAUAGCCACUACGUGGGGUUGCAGCUCCCCGACCGGAGGCAUCCCAACUUCCUCUGGCGGGUGGACGCCAGCGGGGCUGUGACGGAGGAGCUGCAGCUGGAAGAUCCAGAUGUUUACUGCCCCUACAGUGCCUCUGGCACCGUCGUGGGCGGCCUCGUCUUUGCCAACUACGGGCGCAAGGAGGACUUUGUGCUGCUGGAGCAGUUGGGGCUGAGUCCGCGGGGGCACCUGGUCAUCGCCCGCGUUGGGAAAAUCAGCUACGCCGAGAAGGUGGCAAACGCAGAGGCUAACCAGGCGAAGGGGAUCCUCAUUUACCCGGACCCCCAGGACAUCCUUCAAGACCCCCGUAAACUGGGCCUUUUCCCUAACAUCAGCAUUUAUGGACACGUUCAUAUGGGGGCUGGAGAUCCUUACAGCCCCGGCUUCCCGUCCUUCAACCACACCCAGUUUCCCCCCAUAAAAUCCUCGGGGCUGCCGUCAAUCCUGGCUCACCCCAUCAGUGCCGCCAUGGCCGCCCGCCUGCUCCGGCAGCUGAGCGGCCCCCCGGCCCCCCAGGCCUGGAGGGGCCGCCUUCCGCAGGUCCCCUACCUGCUCGGCCCCGGGGACCCCGACUUCCGCCUGCAGCUCGGGGUGCACAACGUCCGGCAGUCGGUCAUGAUUAACAACGUUUUCGGCUGCAUCGAGGGCAAAUUUGAACCCGAUCACUACCUGAUCGUGGGGGCCCAAAGGGACUCCCUGGGGCCCGGAGCUGCCCGGUCCGGGGUGGGCACGGCCAUUUUGCUGGAACUGGCCCGGACCUUCGUUGCCAUGGUGCAGAACGGGUUCCAGCUGCGGAGGAGUCUGCUGUUCGUGAGCUGGGAUGCCGGCGACUUCGGCAGCGUGGGGUCCACCGAGUGGUUGGAGGGCUACCUCACAAUGCUCCACCUGAAGGCCGCUGCGUACAUCAGUCUGGACAAUGCGGUCCUGGGAGAUGACAAAUUGCUGGCCAAGAGCAGCCCUGCCCUGAUCAGCCUCAUCGAGACAGUCAUUAAGCAGGUGGACAGCCCCAAUCGCAGCGGCCAAAGCAUCUUCGAGAAGAUGACCAAGCAGGGCCGGCGCUGGGAAAAUGAGGGCCUCCGGCCCCUCCCCAUGGACAGCAGCGCCUUCGCCUUCACCUCCUUCGGGGGGGUCCCAGCUGUGGAGUUUUCCUUUGCAGAGGAGGACUCGCGCCCGUACCCCUUCCUCAACACCAUGCUGGACACCUACGACCACCUCAACCGGGCUCUCCAGGGCCGCCUCCCCGCCGUGGCCAAGACGGUGGCCGAGGUGGUGGGCCACCUGCUGAUCAAGCUGAACCACGACCACCUGCUGCCCCUGGACUACUGGUGCUACGGGGACGUGCUCCUGCAGGAGAUCGCCCACUUCAACCAGUACAACACGCUCCUGAAGAGUCGGGGUCUCACCCUGCAGUGGAUGUAUUCGGCACGGGGCGAUUAUGUGCGGGCCGCCGAGAAGCUGCGCAGGGACAUCUACACCUCGGAGGAGCACAACGAGAGGCUUCUGCGCAUGUUCAACGUCCGCAUAAUGCGGGUGGAAUUCUACUUCCUCUCUCAAUACGUGGCGGUGACCGAGACCCCCUUCCGGCACAUCAUCCACGGCCGGGGCCCCCACACCCUGAGGGCCCUCCUGGAGCACGUCAGCCUCCUGCGGGACGCCCCGGAGAAGUUCAAUGAAGUUCUCUUCCGCCAGCAACUCGCCCUCGUCACCUGGACGCUGCAGGGGGCCGCCAACGCACUUAGCGGGGAUGUGUGGAAUAUCGACAACAAUUUCUGA